UACUAUAGGAUGAUCAGAGACUGCAAAGCUAACUGCUGGCACAGUUUCCUCAACACUGUUAGAGGUCAGGACAUCUUCACUGCAGUUAAGUAUACUAGACCACGUAAGUCCCUCCAAACUCCACCCCUCUCUGUUGACCAACAGUGUGCUACUGACUUUCAUACUAAGUGCAUAAUGUUCAGAGAAGCCAUCUUCUCUGAUCCACCUGCCAGCCAAACAAGUUUCAGCCAUGAGGACACAGAAAUAGAUAAGUGCUUUCCCUGGUAUGCUAUUACUCACACUGAGGUAAAAGAUGCAAUCUUCAAAUCUGGACCUCAUGAAGCUCCAGGACCUGAUGGUAUUAACUUUCUUUGUCUGAGGCAAGUGUAUAAUGCAAUUCCUAUUCCUCUUGGUAAGUUGUUUCAAGCUAUACUGAAGACAGGUUAUCAUCCCCAAUGCUGGAGAGAGGCAACUGGAGCUACAAUCAGGAAACCUCACAAAGCAGACUAUACUACCCCCAAAGCCUAUAGACCGGUCUCUCUGCUACACUGCUUAGGAAAGAUUUCAGAAAAGAUUAUAGCCAACAGACUAGCUUACAUUGCAGAAACUAAAGGCUUACUACACUCAGACCAAAUUGGAGGAAGAAAGGAAGAAGUGGAGUCGAUGCAGUGAUGGUAUUAACACAUGAUAUUCAGCAGGCCAAGUUAAAUAGUAAAGUCCUUUCUGCCCUCUUUGUUGGUGUCAAAGGUGCAUUUGACCAUGUUAGCAAAACACAACUACUCUUGGUCCUACAGUCUUUAGGAUUUCCUCCCCCUGUUCUCACCUGGACAGACAGCUUCCUCUCCAACAGACAACUGGGGUUAGCUUUUGAUGGGCAAAGACAACCUCUCCUACCAGUCAACACAGGCAUUCCUCAAGGGUCUCCCAUUUCACCAAUCCUCUUUCUAUUCUAGUCAACAAACUUGUUCAAGGACAUGCAGCAAGGAGUUGCAACUCCACAGCUAAGAGCCUGCUCCUUUAUUGAUGAUAUUGCUUUUAUAGUCACAGGCCUCUCUGAGUAGAGCCAAUCGAAGGCAUUUGAGGUGGUAUACUGAAGGGCCUGGAGUUGGGCAGCUAACAAUAUAAUAGUAUACGAUGAUCCCAAGACAGAACUGAUGCAUUUUCACAACAAAAGCAAUGACCUUACUACCAACUCCCCUGUCACUCUUCCUCAUUGCACUAUUAUCUACCCUGCUCAGCACCUUAGAUGGCAAGGAGUC